UUCUAGGAGAGCGUUUGUGUGUUUGGUGAGAACAUGGAUUGUGAUUGUUCGGUGUACGGUAAUUGGCAGUCGAACGCCAUCCUCUUCAGCAUCCUCAGCCGAGGCGGUUCGACUCCGAGCGAGCCGAGCUACAAGCGUGUUCCUCACACGUGCCACUGUGAGAAGCGCAGGACGGUUUGUCUGAAGACUCCCAGCGAGACGUGUCAGGUGGCUUCAGACGUGCUGGUGAAGACCGUGCACUUCAUGAAGAGUUUGCCUGCGUUCCAGCAGCUGCCUCCUAAAGACCAGCUGUCUCUGCUGCAGAACUGCUGGGCUCCGCUCUUCAUUCUGGGUCUGGCUCAGGACCGGGUUCGAUUCGAGGUCCACGACUCUCCGGCUCCGAGCAUGCUGAAGAGAAUCCUGCUCAACGGCCGAGAGACGGCGAGCUCCGAUCCAGAGCAGCCCACGCUGGCCGGCGCACAGACGCUCAAAGAAGUUAUCAGGAAGUUCUGGAGUUUGGAUUUAAGCCCCAAGGAGUACGCUUAUCUGAAAGGCACCGUGAUCUUCAAUCCAGAUGUGCCGGGUCUGAAGGCGUCUCUGUUCAUCGAGGGUCUGCAGUAUGAAGCUCAGCAUGCUCUCAAGGAGGUCCUUGUCCCUCUUCAUCCAGAGGAUGGAGGACGGUUUGCUCGAAUCCUCCUCACCGCGUCCUCUUUAAAGACCGUCACUCCGAGCCUCAUCACAGAGCUCUUCUUCCGGCCGGUCAUCGGUCAGGCAGAUCUGCUGGACUUGUUGAUCGACAUGCUUUUCACCAGAUAGUGACCCAAAGCCUCAGAUCUUCUCCAGUGUUCUUCCCUGAGCGCUGGGUGAGAAUCUGACUGCGUACGGGUCACGUUUGACCAGUUACAGCUUCAUUGUUUACACAGCUUAAUGAAAUUACUGCACCUUUGUAAUGGUAUUUAGGUCACAAGUAUGUGAUUUAUUGAUUGUUUCCUUCUCUCUUUUAUUUUUGUAAGCACCUUUGUAGCUUUUUGUACGGGAUGAUUGUGAAACUACGAUGUAUUCCUUGAUGAAACGCUCUAGAAAGAUCUCCGCACGUGUGGGAGGUUCAUGUAUCGUCUCUGUGAGAAAGCUGGAGGAAAACAUUUGUACGUUCAUAAAUAUACUGCGAUUAAAUCUAUUUUUACAGA